GUCUUAGAAUCCUGCUUUUUCCCAAGAUAGAAUAGAGGAAGAAAAGAGCCUGGAAAUGACUUCUUUUCUUCUUUCAGCUAGAUCCCAGGAAUCAGUGACAUUCAAGGAUGUGGCUGUGAACUUCACUCGGGAGGAAUGGGGACAACUGGAUCCUUCUCAGAGGGACUUGUACAGGGAUGUGAUGUUGGAGAACUAUGGGAACCUUGUAUCCAUUGGGCUUCCAGUUUCUAAACCAGAUGUGAUCUCCCAGCUAGAGAGAGGAAAUGCACCAUGGAUACUGGAGGAAGAAUUCACAAGAAGUACUUGUCUAGGUGAGUGAUAGUCAUAUAAGAAGAAGUAAGCAACAGCUUAGUUUAUCAGUCAUGGCCCAACACUUUUGGAAUUUUCGAUAUAGACUUCUUCAAAUGGCCCCAAGCCUCUGGGUAAGGUCUAGAACUGUUUAGUAUGAAUUCCCUCCUAUUUUCU